AUGCUUCUUCGUUUGUCUCUUUGCAAAAUCAUGUUUCACCAUUGUUUUAGAGAUGAGCAAAGGGUGUUGAAGAAUAUUGUGAAUCAUGUACUGAAAGUAAUGCAAAUGGUACCAUUAGAGGUAGCAACACAUCCUGUGGGUCUUGAAGAAGUUGUAGUAGACUUGCAAAUGACCAUUAGUAAAUCUGUAAAAGGUCUUCAUGAUGUUCAGAUUGUGGGGAUUUGGGGUAUGGGUGGAUGUGGAAAAACCACUCUGGCAAAAAAAUUAUAUAAUGAGAAAUAUUCAUCUAUAACAAGAUCCAGUUUUCUUUUUGAUAUUAGAAGUGCUGCAAGCAAAAAUGAGUUGCAUAAAAUGCAGAUACAACUCCUUACAGAUUUGGAGUCCAAAUUCAAUGAUCAAACACUUAAUAAUAUAGAGCAAGGGAAGAAGAUUCUGUCUAAUUAUUUGAGAUCUUUUCCUGUAUUUAUCAUUAUGGAUGACGUGGAUCAUAGCGAUCAACUAGAAGCUUUACUGCCAGGAAAGGCUAGCCUUGCAUCUGGGAGUUUGAUCAUUGUGACAACAAGAGACAAGGAAGUCCUCAGGGUUUGGGGUGUCUCUUGCAUUUAUGAAAUGAAACCAAUGAAUCAGUCUCAUGCCAAGCAACUUUUUUGUUGGCAUGCAUUUUUACAACCUUCUCCAUUGUUGGGUUUUGAGGAUCUUGUUGAAAAAUUCAUAACAGCUAGCAAUGGGUUGCCUUUGUCUUUGAAGGUAUUUGGAGGUCAGCUUUAUGGUUGCUCUAAUAAAGAUUUAUGGGAGGAUGUAUUGCAUAAAAUUUCUAGAAUAAUGCCUGAUGACAUUAUAAAUAAGCUAAGGGUGAGCUAUGAUGCUUUAGACAGAGAAGAGCAACAAAUGUUCUUAGACGUAGCUUGUUUCUUCAUCGGUGAAAAUAAGAUGACCGCUAUUGAAGUAUGGGAAGGAUCAGGUUGGAGUGGUCAGUGGGGUUGGGAGAGGCUUGUAAAUAAGUGUCUUGUUGAGCUUGUUCAUGAAAGUGAGAUAAGAAUGCAUGACCACCUAAGAGAUUUAGGUAGGGAAAUUGCAAGUACUCUUUCACCUUAUCGUCUGUGGUCUCCUAGUCAGCUGAUGGUGAUUAACAAACAAGAAGAGAUAAGAGGAAUAAUAUUGAACCGAGUAAGUAAUCACAUUCACAACAUUCCCGAUUCCUUGGUGACUAGAAGCAUGUGUGUCGAUGGAUUAAAAGUUUUUGUAAAGGGAGAAGGCUAUGGGUUUGGUUCACAAAUUUCUAGCUUAUCAAGAGAGUUGGUGUGGUUAAGAUGCACAGGAAUAAGUCUUAGAUAUCUUCCAUCAAUCAUGCCAUUGAAAAAUUUAAGAGUUUUAGAACUUCAUAGCUACUACGAUGGGAUAGACGUGUGGGAGGAUUGGACGAAUACUCUAGUGCAGCUAAGAGUGUUGAUUGUUUAUCUCUGCCAUGACCUGCGAAGUAUUCCAAAGUCCAUAGGAGAUAUCAAGAAUUUGACAAAGUUAUGCCUCACUUGGUGCAAUGCGAGGAAUCUACCCGAGGAAUUUUGUCAUCUUCAAUCACUAGAACACCUGCAGCUGCAAUAUUUCAAAAAGCUAUUAUCACUGCCUAGUUGUUUCGGCCAUUUGACAGAGCUACGACAUCUAGAUUUGGGUUAUUGCGUUGCAUUGAGGGAGUUGCCAGAUUCUUGUAAACAGCUAAGGUUCUUGCAACAUCUUGAUUUAGGGGGCUGUGAGAAGCUCACCUUACAGUUAGACAUCCUGGAAAACAUGACAAAGCUCAAGUAUUUGAAUCUUAGUUUUUGUAGACAAGUGGAGAACUUGCCAUCUGAUCACAUCACAAAUCAAGCUUCCUUAAGUGAGCUUUAUUUAAACCAAACCAGGUUAAGGAAGCUCCCAGAUAACAUUGGUCGACUCAGCAAGUUGAGAGUGCUAGAGAUAAGUCCAUUUCCAGGGUGUUUCUGGAUGCAAUCUUUACCGGACUCUAUGGGGAAUCUUACUCUUUUAGAGAAAUUGGUAUUACGAAAUUUACAAGUGCAAUCUUUACCAAAAUCAUUGAAGCAGCUGAUUAAUCUCCAGACUCUGAGAAUAGAUGAUUGCCCAAUCGGCAAAUUGGAUUUUUGGCAGGGGCCAUCUACUUGCUCGUGGAACAAUCUCAAGGAAAUACAUCUGCAGAGCACAGGAGUAUCAAAUAUUUCAAUUUCUGACGAUUGUUGUCCCAACCUUAAAAAUAUUGGACUUUGGCUUAAUGAUCAUUUAACUGAGGUCGACACUCUACCAACAAAAGUGGAGCAUGUCGUAGUGUUGGAUUGUAAAUUGCUAAGGAAUGUGAAUGGUAUUGGUGGCGUAGUAAACCUUCGAAAGCUGAGGCUAAGGGAUUGUACAGAGUUGGAGACGCUUCCAUGUUUUGAUAAAUUAGGUUUGCUAAAAGAAUUUAGUCUAGAAGGUGGCAACAAAAUUGAGGUGAUACUUGGCUUACAGCACUGCACAUCAUUGGAGGAGCUUCACAUCGAAGGUAAAUGUUGGCAGGUGUCAGCAAUAGAAAGUUGGGAGCACGUGCAAAGAUUGAGAGAGCUGAAAGUCCUAGCAAAGAAGAGACCAGCUGUGGAGCGUUGCAUUCAAACGAUUCAGAAAUGGCCAGAAGAAAUAAUAAUAUGUACAAAGGCAGUCGCUGGUGCGGGGUCACUUUUAAACUCUUCAGCCUUUCGCAAUUUCUCUGUCAUUCACUCUGUUGCAAACGAGGAAUUCAAUUAUGACAAAAGAAUCUGCUUUAACGUCUCCAACUAUCCCAUGAUGUUGUGUUUGCUUAUAAAUUGCCGCUAUCCAAGUAUGCGAAUGUACAUUGAUGUGGGUAGUUCAACAAAAUAUACUGUGGUUUUGGGAGAGGGGACAACAUUGCCUACUCCAUCUCCUCCAGUCAUAACAGAGUUACCAGCAGAGGAGACUGCUCAGGAAAGCAUGCCUGAUAAAUCUGGAAAUCUUGAGCAAGUUCAGCAGUUAGAAACCCCAAAUAUACCUAUAAGAACUCCCCCAUUUCCUCAAAGAUUACAAUUAGAAGUAUCUAGGUAG